GCGGGAUUGCUUGGGCCCCUCGGGGCGCUCCUCUCGUAUUGUAGCAAGGUGGGGGCAGUUAGUCAGCACUCUCUUACGCGCUGUUCCGAAGGUACGUGCGCCAAGUUAGCGUACUACGUUACUCUGGGAGGCUGGAGGAAAAAUAACGUGAUAUUUUCAGUGGAUUAUUUAUGGAAUUUGUUCACAACUGCGGUUCCGGUGUUUAACAAGUUUUGGGUCAAUGGUGGAAUACUUUGACGUGUUGUUUUGGGGUAACAAGUGUUGGCAUGAGCUGCUGGAUGGUCUGGAGAUUGAGGGAGAGACGGUGCAGUUGCAUUACUCGGGAUUAUCGCUGGAUUGAAUAAUAAUGAUUUUUUGUGAUGUAAAAAAUGUGGCUGAAUGAGCAUUGGAUAUCGUGGAGAGUCACCCGGAGGGAGCGAUCACGUGGGGAUAUCGUGUGCAGCGUUAGCUAGCCCUUCGAGUCUUUUGUUCCUCUGUUCCUCGAUGGGGCGUCCACGUCUCUCACCUUUCUAUUAUUCGUGGAAUAAAAAUAAGUUUCCGAGAGAAUUGAGGAAUUUUUAAUAGCUUCGGUCUGUGUGGCGCGUAAUUUUUCUAAUAGUGAUACUGUUUGGAUAAUUAACCUGGGGUUUAUUGUCAUGAAUCUGGUGCCGGCAAUGUGGGGGCAAAUUGAACUGAAAGGGCUGUCGUUUUGUGAAAUGAGAGUGAAUGGUUUGUUUCAUAGACGGGAUUGACAUUCGAUUGUGAUUUACUGAGGAACGUUGAAAAAUUUUCACGUUUCAUUCAGAGCUGCAGACAUGUUGAAGUGGAUUAAAGUUAAACAGCCGAAUGAUGCAGCUGCUAGUACAGUUUAUGAAAAUCCGGGAGAGAAUGGGGAUCAGAAGUUUGAUGUAUUGGACAAGACCAAAGGUGAAAAGGCCAAUCGUGAGAUCGAGACCGAAGAUUCAGCAUCAGUUGAUUCAAAGGAGUCCCACAAAGAUUUGUUCUCACAGUUGCAAUUCUCGCAAGAGAGUGCACUACCUCCCGAUGCACUACGAAGAGCUCUCGCUGAAAGUUUCCUAGACCAGCAGCGGUUUCAGCUGGGCUUCAUGGACGAUGCCGCGGAGUGUUUCGAAAAUAUUCUCCUCCGGAUUCACUUGCACAUCGCAAAUGGAGAGGCCGAGGAUAUGUGCAGUGCGAGGCACUGUGUGGCACAUCAGAAAUUCGCCAUGACGUUGGUGGAGCAGAGUGUGUGCGGAGCUUGUGGUGCUACCUCCGAGCCCUUACCUUUCACCCAAAUGGUGCACUACGUGUCAGCAUCAGCGCUGACGUCGCAAGUACAUCCGUUAUCUCUCGCCGACAAAAACAGUCCCGAUUUUUUCGGCCAAUUGUUGAGGUGUGCAGGAGGGAUGGGAGAUAUUCGCGAUUGUCCGAGUGCAUGUGGUGCUAAAAUACAAAUAUGUCGGACCCUCAUGAAUCGUCCGGAAAUAGUAUCGGUGGGUGUAGUCUGGGACAGCGAGAGGCCGUCCCUGGAACACAUAAUGGACGUAUUUGCGACAAUCGGUACAAAUCUCCGUCUCAUCGACGUGUUCCACAGUGUCGUUGACUCAAGAUGGGGUACAUCAACCGUUCACAAUCUAGUUGGGGUCGUCACCUACUACGGGAAGCACUACUCCACCUUUUUCUUCCAUACGAAGUUGAAGGUUUGGAUCUACUUUGAUGACGCGACAGUGAAGGAGAUCGGUCCCCGCUGGGAGCAGGUCGUGGAGAAAUGCCGGAGGGGUCGAUACCAGCCCCUUCUGCUGCUCUACGCGACCCCCGGUGGUACCCCCGUCAACACCGACAACGCCCCAAAAAUCGUAACAGCAUUUCCAACGAGUAAUACCAUGAAAGUCCCACUCAAGACCAGUGCGAGACGAUCGGUAACUCCUAGCCCAGAAAAACCACCGAUAAACAACACAGCCCGACGUGCGAUAACACCCAAUCCUGAUCAUCCACCGCAUGUUUACACCCAGAGGCGCGUCUACAACGAUUAUCAGAACUUGACAGACAUUCAGAAGACGAUAUUCAGUAACGACAGUGUGGACAGUGUUGACGGAGCUGUGGAUUCGAAGUACAUAAGCCGCAGGGCAGUGGAGAACGUGAUGCACCAGCAGAAGAAACAGCAAAUGCAAUUGACCCGGAGUCUCAGUGCAGGUGCAACACCCCAGGACGGUAUCAGCAUUCCAGAUCACCUGAAUGUCUCGCGUCGUCGGGAUUCGGGUAAUUGGUCGGGGGAUCGGAACAGUGCGUCCUCAAGCUCAUCCACAACGAUGGAUAAUCCUUACCUGUACAUCGUCAACAAAAUGCAGAGGAAUGCGGGAAUUCCCAAGAGUCCGACUAGCAAAUCCGGAGAAAUGUCGAGCAGCAGUAGUGGUCACUAUGACGCGGGUUACGAUUCGUAUUCGUUAUCAUCGAAUGACAGUUUACCUCUUCAGCAGACAUUGAAGCACAAUCUCCAACUAGCGCAGAUACCUGAGAGUUACCAGACAGCGUUGGACGACGAUUGUGAGCGUCUUUGCAAGGAGACCGAUGCCCUGCUGGAUAAAUCACGAGCUGCCGAGGACGCCGGGGACUUGGGAACAGCAGCUGCCCUUUGCAAUGCUGCGAGUAGUAAGGCCAGGGCUGCUAUGGACGCACCCUACAACAAUCCCCACACCAUCACGAUAGCCAGGAUAACUCACAACACUUGUGUCAUGAGGUCUAGGAGUCUUCAUCGAAGGAUUCUGCAAGAGCAGGUGGCCGUCAACGGAGAGAAGGAGGAGGUUGUUGCGGUUGGGAGGCAUUCACGGGAGAAUAGCAAGUCAGGACAGCAUUCUAGGCAAAAUUCGAGGGACAAGGGGAAUCACUCGAGACAAAACAGUCGGGAAUUGCUGGUUAAUGCAUCUGCGUUGUUGGAGAAACCAGUCACCAAGAAUAUUGAGAUUUAUGCGACGUUACCGAAGAAGAAAAACCUUCGAAAUAAAUCGUCCAGUGUGAUUGAGGAUGAGGAGUACAUGCUUUAUGAAAGGCCCACGCAGAGGACCAGUAUUCUAGGCCGGGUGAGGAGGUGCGAUGACGAUAAAAAGGAUAAGAAGAGAGCGAGGAGUGAAGAGAGGAAUAAGAAUGUCUCUAAGGACUUUUCCAUCGCUCCUUCGAGACUCUCAGUCUCACCGAAGAACGUCAAAACUGAAAAAUCAAACGACACGAGCAAAGAGACCACGAAAAGUGGAAUGAAAAAUGCCGACGGUGGACAGCAGGCGGGAGAUCAGAAAGGAAAGAAGCAGCACAAGAUCAGGAGGAAGCUCCUGAUGGGAGGUUUGAUAAAACGGAAAAAUCGAAGCAUGCCCGAUCUUCGUGAAGGGCAGGCACCUCCCUCUAGCAAUCAGGAUGCAGCCAGCACUCUACCGAAACAAUCUGUUGAUGAUUCCAGCCUCGGUCUCAAGGGAAACAACCCUGGACAGACUUUGAGUGGUUAUUUGUCCGAAGGACACUUGGAAUUUACUGGAAAUGUGACCCCUAAUGGCAAUCCCAACCUCGAACGCAGUCGAUUGAUGAGGAAGAGCUUUCAUGGUAGCGUUGGCAAGGCACUGCACGUUGCCAAGGUCCCUCCACCGCCGCCGCUCAGGACGACUUCCCAACUUAGCAAGACUAAGUGUCAUGGAGAAGUACGCAACGAGCAACAGCCCGAUCAGCCCGUCAAUAUGAUGGCUAAUGAGCAAUGCGUUAAUCCCUCGCAGCAAGAAAUAACGACGAACGCCUACUGGAGUCACUCAAAUCCGUCAAAUUUUUAUACUAACUCCUCGAGCGAUAAGAACUACGAGGAUUAUGUGUCGGAGCCACAUUCACUACCAUUUCUCCCUUCCUACAAUGAUCAGAGUAAACACUCUGGAUUCAUGCCGAGUCAGGCGAGUUAUGAUAACCCCAAGAUUCAGGAUGACGUUGUGAAAUAUGCCAAUGGCAUUCUGUACGAACCGGUGCUAGUUGUCACACACGCUGACGUUCACAAUGAGCAGAGCCCUGGUAAACCACAGGUGGAUGCUCUUCCCCCCUACCCAGUGCAUGCGACAGUUGUCUCCCAUUCACGCCAGUCGAGUGAAGAUUUUCCACCACCACCGUAUCCACCAGUGGCUGGUGUAGCUCAUUCGAGACAGACGUCCGAAGAUUUCCCGCCUCCACCCUCACCCCUGGAGGUGGAUAAUCCCCAUCCCCAGGUGACGACGAACGUUCAGCCGAUGACACAAACACAGACUGAAAUCCAACAGUUGAGUACUCUCCUGGCCCAGCUGCAGCUGAAGAGGCAGCACAUGCUGGAGGCCUCGCAGGUGCAAGAGAGCAGGCAGAAUCAGGUGGAGGCACGUCAGGAAGAGGAGGAGAAAAAUUCGAGUGAGACGUGGCUGAAGGAGCUGCAGGCCAAACAGGCGGAGAGGAAAGUCAAGAGGGUGGGACCACUGGACGGUCAGCAAGUGCCGAAGAGUAUUGCGAGGAGAACGAGUGACCUGAUGAUGAACAGUUUGAAUCAAACAGCAGUGCAAACGCCCGGGCACGAUGUCAUUGACUGUCCCAAGGUGGCCUCCUCCGUGAGGGACAUGGCUGCGAGGUUCGAGAAAAUCAAGCUGCAGCCGGAGAUUCAAAACGAAUCGGAUGCGAAGCCCGUCAAUUCCCCGAAUGUAAACGCGAACGAAAUUCGAAGGCAAUCAGUGGAAAUAUUGACCCCGAUGGCUGCUGAUCACAUUCCAUCUCCAAAGACUGAUAAUAAAAUGCCCACGGGCACCAGCUCUGACUUCACUUCGACGCAGAACGUCCCUGCAGCUGUGCCAUCGGCAGCACCUGUAACGAACAGUCUAAACGCUGCGAUUCUGUCGAUGUCUCUGACGUUACCGCACGAGAACGGUCUGCCAAUCGACUACCCUGAGGAUGACAUAAGCGAAGUGGCAAUGCAGAACACCAUUCAAAAUACGACGAUUCUUCCUAACGAGGAGGACAUUGCACCGAGGAAAACGAGGAACAGAAUUGGAAAGAAAAAGAGUGUCUCCUUCUGCGAUCAAGUAGUGCUUGUUGCGACUGCCGAGGACGACGAGAAAGAUUCCUACAUUCCAAAUCCCAUUCUCGAGAGGGUUCUCCGGUCUGCCAUGAACAAACCAGAGACUGCGGAGGUCCUGCGGGAGAUCCGAAGCCUGCAAGAAGCUGAGAUUAAUCGGGAGAAUGCACCUGCCAUGAAAUUCCAGCAGCAAACGCUGCCACUGAAGAGCGAGGCUGACAGCAUACCAGCGACUCCCUUCCAGGAUCAACUGAAGAGUGUCAACCCCAUUGUCAGCGUUUCAGACCCAGUGAAGAGCAGUGUCGUGAGACAGAGCUCUAACGAAAUCGUGGAGUCGGCCCAAGAGAUGAGGAAUUCGUAUCCAACGUCCAAUAGCGACGUGAGGGACAGUUACCUGAACUCCAUGAAUCAACAGAAAAUUCCGUACUUGCCUCAUGCACCAGCGCAAGCCAGGUACUCUCAGAGCACUUCCCCAUCGCAUUGUUACUCGUCAUCAGCAACAAUCCAGAGCUAUCCCCAGAUCUGCACAGCACAUCCGAGAAACCAAACGAUUCCGGCAGCUCAAAUGCAGAAACCAUCGAGUCCUUACACCGUCCAGAUGCACCAGCAGUAUCAGCCCAAUGUUCAGCAGCUCACGCAAAAAAUUCAUGGAAAUGGACAUGCUGGUCACCCUGGUUACCCUCAGUUGGAUCACCCUCAGCUGGGGAAACAACCGGGGCAGCCACAAGUACAGAAUGGUCAGGGCCAGCGACUUCCCAGUCACAACUCCAGUCCAAUAACUGUUCAGUACAAUCAGCAGUAUUUCCAGCAGCCCAAUGAACCUCUGAAUUCGUACCAACAAUUUAUGAAUCAGAAUCAACAUCCAGUGAAUGGAUAUCAGGGAUAUCAGCAGCACAACGGGUCAAUGAGGAUUUCCCAACAGCUGCCGCAGUAUCAGCCACCACCGAGUCGUCUCAUUCAUCCACAUUCGCAAGUGCAGAAUCAGGUGCCCCAGCAGCUGCAAAGCAGUCAACAGAUGGGUCAACUACAGCAUCAGUCACCUCCGCAGAGUCAUCAGCAUCUCCACAAAGGCCAGAACUAUCAGCCGAGGGUCGACAGCUAUCAGAGGGCUGGGCAAAAGGUCGACCAGCAGAAUAUACUGGCGCCCAAUCAGACUUAUCCUCAUUCACUUCAAAAUGGCCAGAUACAAUCCAAUGCAAAGUACCCGAAUUAUCAGCAUCCACCGAUUCCAAAACAAGCUAAGCAGAUGCAAGUUCAAGCCAAUGGUACUGUCAAUGGUAUUGGCAAGGGUCAAACCAUUGGCAUGCCAUCCAUUGGGACUAAACCUGUGCCAUGUAACUUGUGCCGGAAGAAAACAGUUCCCGAAAAUGUCGGUUACUGUUCGGACUGCGAGUUUUACAUGUCACGGUUUCGACCGAAAACGUGAGAUUACUUGGACUUAACGUCACAGGACAUGGAAGGAUCGUAGUUGCAGGGGAGAGUGGGUUAUUAUGGACACCUGCAGAAGGCUGGUAAUUCAUUGAACUGUUGACGAGGGGAUAUUUUUUUUGCUUGCAAAGUACAAAUUUUUCUCUGUGAUGAGACUGAGCUCAAUUAAUGAACAGAUCCCUGAGGUGUCAGCCUUUUGAAUAAUUCUAAAGUUCAUUUACCCCAGUCUCCCUGGUGCCAAGGGUUCCAGAGAACUGCUCAGUGUUCAGCGGCUCCUGGAGAGGGGCUUUUAUCUGUACAAAUUCAGCUUUUACUUAUUUUUUUAAAUGGAUAAUGGAUCUGUCCAAGGAGCCGCGAAAAUAAUUGUUAUUUCUGAUGUGGUAUGUCACACUCAGAAUUUUAGGUAAUAUAAUUUUUCUAAUGAAUUCCCAAUUAAGUAUUAAUUCAUUAUGACGAGAUAAGUUGGUAGGGGGUGGAUAUAGAUUAUAAAUCAUCACCUCACGCUAACAAUUAUAUAUAUUUUUUUCAUUUAUCCUAUCGAGGAAAUUAAUUAGUGAUAGGUAAUUCAAUCGAUCUUUAGGUUUCUACAGAUUGGUAUUCGGAAAUUCAUUCCAUGAGUACCGUUGUGCCUUAUAUUGGUUAAUCGAUGGCUUCAAAUAUUUUACCCAAAUAAAAUAGGCAGGAAUAUGUAGAGAAAUAUUCCCUAGAUUCUAU